CGCCGGCGGCCGGCGACAUGGCCCUCUACUGCGGCGACAGCUUCGGCGUGUACUCGCAGCCCAGCCUGCCCCCGCCUGCCGCCGCCACAGCCGCCCCGAGCGCGCCGGCGGCCUCCAGGGCGCCCUACGCGCUGUCGGACUACGCCGCGCCGCCUCCCGCCACCGCCAACCCCUACCUCUGGCUCAACGGGCCCGGCGUGGGCGGCUCCCCCGCCGCCGCCGCUGCCUACCUGGGCGCCCCUCCGCCGCCACCCCCCGGAGGCGCGGCGGGGCAGUUCCUGCAGCCGCCGAGCGCCGCCGGCACCUUCAGCUGCGCGCAGCGGCACUUCGCGCAACCCGCGCCCGCCUCGCCGGCCGGGCCGGGGGCGACCGGCGAGCUGGGCUGGCUGUCGAUGGCCAGCCGCGAGGACCUCAUGAAGAUGGUGCGCCCGCCCUACUCGUACUCGGCGCUCAUAGCCAUGGCCAUCCAGAGCGCGCCCGAGCGCAAGCUCACCCUCAGCCACAUCUACCAGUUCGUGGCGGACAGCUUCCCCUUCUAUCAGCGCAGCAAGGCCGGCUGGCAGAACUCCAUCCGCCACAACCUGUCGCUCAACGACUGCUUCAAGAAGGUGCCCCGCGACGAGGACGACCCAGGGAAGGGCAAUUACUGGACCCUGGAUCCAAACUGCGAGAAAAUGUUCGACAACGGGAACUUCCGUCGGAAGAGAAAGCGCCGCUCGGAGGCCAGCGGCAGCUCCCCGGGGGUGGCCACGGGGACAUCCAAGCCAGAAGAAGGGCUCUCGUCGGGACUGGGGGCCGGGAUGAGCGUGAGACCAGAAGGAGACGGCCCUUCCUCUCCGCCGAGGCCCUGCCAGUCCCCAGAGCCCCCCGCGGGCGCCGGGAGUCCCGCCCCGCCGCCGGGAGGAGCCGCGCUCGCCUCCGCCCCGUGCCUGCGCUCCUUCUUCGGCAGCCUCGGCGCCCUGAGCGUCGGCAGCGGCGGGAGCCCCCCGCGAGCCCCCCCGGGCAGCCGCCCCCGGGGGGUGCGGGGGCUCCAGCUGCCCCCCAGCGGCGCGUUCCCGCCCAGUGCCGGCUCGGAGGCCUCUGCAGACACGUUGCAGCUGAGCGACGGCAGCGGCGGUAGCGACAGCCAGAGGUCUUCGUAUUACAGCCCUUACCCGGCCAGCCCCUUCUACAACUUCAGCAUGGUCAGCAGCCUCACCUACCCCCGGGAGGGCUCCGAGGUCUAA